AAAAAAAAAAAAAAAAUUGAUGGCAUUUUCGUAAAUUAUAUGAACUUGUGGGGUGAAUAGGGCAAAACCAAUUUUCAAAAAAAAAGGAGGUUAGUUUUGUGUUUGACUUUAAGUUGUAGGUCAAUUUUGCAAAAACCCCUUAAAAAAUGCGGUGGGUGCGGUCACAGGUGCGGUUUCGGGAAACGUUGUUGCGGUAGCGUUUGCACGUUCUUUUCAACCGGUUAUUUCAUUUUUUAUCCCCGGUUUUGUGAAACCAUCUAGAAACAAGGCAGAUAUAUUAUUAGAUGCUUCUACAAUGAUCAUAGGUAACAUAACAAAACAAGUUGGGUUAUGUGUAUCUUCUCUGCUCAACCUAAGUUAGAGAAUCAGAUUCCAAAAGCUUAAUAUAAAAUUUUAUCAUAAAUCUCUAUUGUCCUGACCAUAAACAUAUCUUAAAACAUUGUUGCUCUUUCCUCCUAUGUCGGAAAAGAGGCUAUGUUGUGCUGUUAUGCGGAUAAACUUGGAUUGCAAUGCAUGUUGUAGAAAAGUAAGAAGGCAUCUCAUCAAUAUGAAAGAAGUUGAGACACACGUGAUCGAGAAAAAGGAACGCAAGAUAAUUGUGUGUGGACAAUUUAGACCAUCGGACAUUGCAGUAAAACUGCAGAAGAAAAUGAAACGGAGGGUUGAGAUUCUUGAGAUUGAACAUCUCUCUGGCGACCACGGCGGAGGAGAAGAAGAGCACUACCAUGAACCACCGUAUGAACCGCAGUAUGAAUAUCCCGUACAACCUGAUCAGAAACCGAAGAAUGUCUUUGACCUACCUCCGAGCCCUCCUUCUCUUCCUAUCAUCGGUCACCUUCACCUUCUCUUCUCUACUUCACUCCACAAGUCUUUUCAAAGAGUCUCAUCCAAGUACGGACCUCUGCUCCAUCUCCGCAUCUUCAAUGUCCGCAUCCUUCUCGUCUCCUCUGCCUCGGUUGCCUACGAGAUCUUCAAAGACCACGACAUGAGCAUCUCCUCCCAUGGCCCAAUUGGCAUCGAUGAGUGCAUUGUGUUUGGUUCUUCUGGCUUCAUCAAAGCUCCCUAUGGAGAUUACUGGAAGUUCGUAAAGAAAAUUAUCACUACUAAAAUGCUUGGACCCCAGGCGCUGGAGCGGUCACGAGGCCUUCGUGAAGUUGAGGUAGAGAGGUUCUACAGAGAUCUGCUUGAUAAGGCAGUGAAGAAAGAGAGCGUUGAGAUAGGUGAGGAAGCGUUGAGACUUGUUAACGUUAUCCUCGGAAAGAUGAGUUUGGGAAUGAGUUUCUCAGAGGAGGAGAGAGUCUCUGAGUUUAGUGUCGAGAUCGCUGCCUUGACACAGAAGAUAUUUUUGCAACAAGUACUGCGUAAGCCGCUUGAGAAGCUCAGGAUCUCACCACCAUUUAAAAAGGAGGUGAUGAAUGUUUCAUACAGGUUCGGGGAGCUACUGGAAAAGAUCAUUGUGAGAUACGAAGAGGAAAAGGACGAGCAUGAAGGUAGUGAAAUUAUGGACGCAUUGUUGGCAGCUUGUGGAGACGAGGAUGCAGAGUAUAAGAUCAACAGGAGCCAUAUCAAGGCGUUAUUAGCGGAGCUUUUCUUUGGAGCUGGUGACACCUCUUCAAAAUCAACACAAUGGGCAAUGGCUGAAAUCCUCAACAACCAUAAAAUAUUUGAGAGACUGAGAGAAGAAAUAGACUCCGUUGUAGGGAAAACAAGGUUGAUCCAAGAAACUGAUCUACCAAAACUCCCUUAUUUGCAAGCGGUCAUCAAGGAAUCUCUGAGAUUACACCCACCGGGUGUUCUCUUGCCAAGAGAGUUUGAACAAGGGUGUAAGAUCGGAGGGUUCUACAUACCUAAGGGCACGUCACUUGUUAUUAAUGCUUAUGCUGUGAUGAGAGACAUUGAUUCUUGGACGGAUCCUGAUGAGUUUAAGCCAGAGAGGUUUCUAGGGGAAGAGGAUGCGAGAAGAGAGCAUGUACUGAACUUUCUUCCUUUUGGUGCUGGAAGGAGAGCAUGUCCUGGAUCAAAUGUGGCCUAUAUUUUAGGAGGGAUCACUAUUGGAGUUAUGGUGCAAUGCUUUGACUGGAAAGUUGAAGGAGUUAAGGUUAACAUGGAAGAGGCUACUGGAAGAGCUUUCUUGGCUUUGGCUCAUCCCCUUAACUGCACUCCUCUUCCUCGAAUCUUGAAUAUUUUACCUUCAAAUUUGUAGAUUCUUGGUUUAUGAAUUCGAGUUUUUCCCUCUCUUUCUUUUUUUUUUAAAUGAAUAAUGGUUCGGAAGAUAUUUAUUACUUAAAAUAUUUGUUAUCAGCAACGUAUCACAUGUAUACAUGUUUUGAAUCCGAAUGACAUAUAAA